GCUAUCUCCAGGAGCGGUUGUGUUGGAUGUGUAUUGAUUGUCGAUGAAUGGGUAUUGACGAGUCUAGUCGGUCAAUAUGGAAACUCAGAUGAUGACCACACUCCCUAGUAUGCCACCCACGUUACGCUCCCAGGUCAAAGUGUCCCUUGAGGGACAACUCAAAGACAUCGAACGCAAACUUUCUCGGUGUUGCCAUCAGGUGAUGAUGCUCGAGAGGAAGUUGAAAGAAUUACAGAUUCGCUACGAACGGGCCGUGAAAAGAAAUCAGAGAUGCUUCAGGUAUAAUAUUCGCCUACGCAUCGCAACAACUGAGGGAAUCCGAAACGUCUAUUUCGAGUACGCCUGCCGCAAAGCUGAGGAGAUGCUAAAGCUGCGAGACGAACUUCGGGGGUUUCAUCCAGUAGAUGGCGCUGAGGCGGAGAGUUCAAGUGACGACGAUAGUGACAAUUCGUGGUCGACAGAUUUACCGGUGCCGGGUAUGGAUGCGAUGGAAAUCUGAACGGAUAACUGACGAUGUGCUGAGUGUCUUCUGUGCAAUUGUGAUCUCAAACCUUAUUGUAAGGACUCUGGACAGAUACGUUAGUCAAUUUGGGACAUUAGUUUUAUGAGUGCCAUCGUGAUGCUUGUCUUCCAAUUGGAUGAAUUUCGUUAUUGGUAAAGCUAUGCAAUUGGGAACAGGGGUUAACAAAGACCAGUACUUGUACAUAAACUAUUGUACAUGUAUAUUGUAGAGUUUUGUUUUAGUAUUGAAUGUAUUAAUUAUAAAUUAAGACUGAUGGGUUAUACGUUUAUGUUAUGUAACAUAUUUUGUAAAUUACUGUAAAUAGUACCGAAUGACA